GUAAUAAGCCUAAUGAAUAUUUAAAUGAUAAGUCUGAUGAACAAUCAGAUAAUAGAUUUAACAAACAAGAAGAACUUUAUGAAAGACAAAUUUUUAAGACUGUUAAAGAAGCAUAUGCAGUAGUUAAGACAUUUGCACAAUUAAAUGAGUUUGGAAUUAGAAAAGAACAUGUUGAGAAAGAUGCAA